AUGGUCGAGCAUGUGUUGCACUUGCCGAAAUUGCAGGAGGAGACGCUGUCUCUGUUGUCGGAGUGCUUGGCGUCCGGAAGAGUCCCGCGGCGGUGGAAGACGGGUAAGCUCGUGCUUCUCCGGAAGCCCGGGCGCCCGGCCGACUCGCCGUCGGCCUACCGCCCCAUCGUGUUGCUCGACGAGGCGUGCAAGCUGUUCGAGCGAGUGCUCGCUGCGCGUCUCGUCGCGCACAUGGAGGCGGUUGGGCCCAAUUUGAGCGGCGGCCAGUUCGGCUUCCGUCGCGGGCGGUCCACCAUUGACGCCAUCACCCGAUUCAGGGACAGGGUCGAGGAGGUUGUCGGCCACGGGGGAGUGUUGUUGGCGGUGUCGCUGGACAUCGCGAACGCCUUCAACACGAUCCCCUGGCCGACAAUCGCGGAGGCGCUGAGGUACCACCGCGUCCGGUACCUCAGGCGAGUCCUUGCGGACUACUUCGUCGACCGGGCCAUAUUUUAUCCGGCCCGAGACCAGGUAGUCCGCAGGGACAUGACGUGCGUUCUUUGUUAUGCCGACGACACCCUGGUCACCGCGCGGGGCCCAACGUUCCGGGACGCGGGCGUGCUCGCAACUGCGGGCACGGCCCACGUGGUGCGCCGCAUCAGGGCCCUGGGCCUCAACGUGGCCCUCGAGAAGUCCGAGGCCAUGUUCUUCCAUGGGCCUCGGACUAAGCCCCCCCGCGGCUAUUCCAUCGUUGUGAGCGGCACCCCCAUUGCUGUCGGGGGGACUAUGAAAUAUCUUGGUCUCGUCCUCGACAGCCGAUGGGGGUUCGGUGAGCAUUUCCGGAUACUUGCACCAAAGCUGGUGAAGUAUGCGGGAAUGCUCACCAGGCUGCUCCCCAACUGUGGGGGAGCGGGCGGUGUAUGCCGCCGCCUAUACGACGGUGUGGUGCGCUCUAAGGCGCUCUACGGAGCGCCCAUUUGGGCGUCGAAGCCCCUGAGCAAGGAUAACAUGGUCCUGUUGCGACGUGCGCAACGGACCAUGGCUCAGCGGGCCUCCAGAGCGUAUCGCACCGUCUCGUACGAGGCGGCGUGCCUCAUCUCCGGGAGCCUCCCUUGGGACCUCGAAGCCGGGGUCCUGGCGGAGGUUUACCGGAGAAGGGCCCUGAUGCGGCAUAGAGGUGAAGAACCCCUCCCGGAAGAGAUCGUACGCUGGAGAAAGGAAGGACGUGACGAUCUCUUCCGGCGAUGGGAGGAGAGGUUGGCGGACACCUCGGUGAGCAGGCGACUCGUCGAGGCUGUCCGCCCCGUCCUGCGCCAGUGGGUGGAGGCGAAGCACCGGGAGCCGACUUACUUCCUGACGCAGCUUCUCAUAGGGCACGGCUGUUUUGGCCGUUACCUGUGUGAAGUUGUGGGAAUUGAGUCGGAUCCCGGUUGCCGACAUUGCGCGACCGGCGCCGUGGACACGGCCGAGCAUACGCUCGCCGUGUGCACGGCCUGGGACGCUCAACGCGCCACACUCACUGGCGCAAUAGGACGCGAUCUGUCGCUGCCGGCCGUUGUUAGAUCGAUGGCCGACAGCGAGCAGAGCUGGGCCGCCAUCGCCUCGUUUGCACGCGAGGUGAUGGCGGCCAAGAGAGAAGCCCUGCGGGAACGGGAACGCGCCAGCGAAACGCUGCCGCCCCGCAGGGCCCCAGCGAGGGGCCGCCGGCGUACGAGCGACGGAGCUGAGUGGUCAACGGAGCUGUACGGCAACGAAGCCGUGCUGAGCGACGAGCGGGUCGGCUGUGCUGAGCCGAACGGACUGCGGUCGGCGGAACGGAUCGGAGCAAGUUCCAAGUUGGACGUUGAGACUAGGAAGCAGUGGGAACUCCAGGUUAGUCAAUCUUGCGAUGAACUUCCUAGCUUCAAAACUUUUCGGGACUUCUUGGAAAAACGUUUUCGAGCUCUUGAAUUUUUAGAACCACAGAGUAGCAAGUCCAGUAGCAGUACUAAAUCAUUGCAUGUAGUUUCAAAAAUAUCCUGUCCACUUUGUUCUGAAGAGCAUCUCUUGUGUCGUUGUAAAAGGUUUAUUCAGGAAACAGUCGAUCAGCGUCGCCAGAUAGCUAAAAAUCACGGAAGCAUCACUGUACAUCCUAAAUCGGCCCCGGGUAGGGGACCGACUGCGGAUAUACAGAACAACUCGCACGGGAGGUGCACCGGCAAUAAUCAACGGUGCACCCCCAAUGCGGAGCACGGGGAAAUAAAACCACCUAAUGCUGAUUUUAUUUAUUUGUGCGUACAAGCGUACAAUCACACUCUUUUGCACCAAAAAUUCGAUCCUAAUACGGAGGCGGACUCUUCCGCACCCGUCACCAGUGCUAAUAAGGAACCACCACAGAACGAGUCCAAGGCUGAACCUCAUAUUUCACGGGAGUGA